UUGAGACCAAACUCAAGCUCAGCUCUUGAUUCAUACAUGGUAGCUCUGAUUAUUGUUGACUUAAGUAUAGGAGUGUUUAUCCUGAGACUCACCUUGGGGCUUUGCAAGUCGAUCGAAGUGAAGAUCCGAGCUCAAGAGUACUUUGGAGUUCUUUUGCAACUACAUUGGCAUUGUCUGUGGGAAAUCGAGCUAAAAGCCUUGCUAGUACGAUGGUUAACCCGCAUUCAACGCAACAUGGAAGCCCUUAACAAGGUUGAGGAAGAGUCUGCAGCCGAAAUCGAUCAGUUUAUAUGCCAAGUUGGUGGCAUCUUUUGUAACAAAGUUCUCAAGUUGAUGACUGAUCAGAAAGAUGACCUCCGAGCUCACGCGGGUAGUCUAGAGGGAAGGCCGGGGAAUACGCCUUGUCCAGCAGGCCAACACCGAGUAAAGAGGUCAGACCUCCGAUGUGGAGAUAUGAAGGGCAGAACAAGAAGAGAUUCAAAACUACACAGAAUCGAGAUCAAACACAAAAUGGCGCUCAGAAGGCUCCCAUCUAUGCGGAGACUACCUACCUCAAAAGAUCACAAUAGAUAUUGCGAUUUCCACCAGGAUCACGGACACACCAUGGGUGAAUGUCACAGUUUGAAGUCCGAGCUCGAGGGUUUAACCCAAAAAGGGAUGCUGAAUGAUUACAUCUCCAACAAGGACCAGCAAGCACCACCUCAUCUCCCUCCACCUUCACGCAUUAUUCACAUGAUAACUGGUGAGCUAGAAGUUGGAGGGACGAGCUUAAAACAGCAGAAGUUAUAUGUGAGAGAGGUAAUGGGUGUAGAACUGCUGGAUAACAGACCUGAUGAUGAGGCCAGAGCCACCCCGAUAGAAGAACUGGAAGAGGUAGAGUUGGACGACAAUGACCCCAUUAAGAAAACGCAGAACGGGACCAAACUGGACUCGAAAGAAAGGGAAGAGCUCAUUAACUUGCUGAAGUCAAACAAAGAUGUAUUUGAUUGGACCUCGGCUGAUAUGCCUGGGAUACCUACCUCUGUUAUAGUACACAAGCUAAGUAUCGAUCCUCUGAAGAAACCCGUAGCUAAAAAAAGGUGCCUCUUUGGGGGAGAGAGGUUGCAAGCAAUUAGAGAAGAGGUGCAGAAGCUUUUGCAGGCAGGGUUUGACUACCAUCCCUUGCCAAGUAUAGACAAGUUGGUAGAGGCCGCAUCUGGAAAUGAAAGGCUUAGUCUUUUAGAUGCUUACUCGGGAUAUCACCAAGUCCACAUAGCACUUGAGGAUGAGGUGAAGACCUCCUUCUGUGUUAGUGAUGAGAUCUACUGUUAUGUGAUGAUGCCGUUUGGACUCAAGAAUGCAGGGGCUACAUAUCAAAAAAAGGUGAAGAUUGUAUUCCAAGCUCAAAUCGACAAGAAUUUGGAAGUCUACGUUGAUGACAUAGUGGUUAAGAGCCUCAAAGCAGAAGAUCAUUUGACUGACCUAGGAGAGACAUUUGAUAACUUGAGAAAGCACAGUAUGAAGUUGAACUUGGCCAAAUGCGUCUUUGAGGUUGAAUCUGGUAAAUUCUUGGGACUCCUAGUCUCUAAGAGGGGGAUGGAGGUCAAUCUUGAGAAAAUAAAGGCAACAGAAGAGAUAAAACCACCAAAGUCAAUCAAAGAUGUACAACGUUUAACUAGGCGAGUGGCAGCUCUACAUCAAUUCAUUUCAAAAGUAGCUGAUAGAUGCUUGCCUUUCUUCAAAGUCCUGAGGUCUGCAACACAGAAAGAUGAAGCAGGAAAGCCCAAAAAGUUUGAAUGCACCUUUGAGCGUCAAACUUCCUUUGACGAGCUCAAAGCAUACCUUAGCUCACCACCUCUACUAACUAAGGUUGAAGAGGGUGAGAUUCUUUACCUUUACCUCGGGAUAUCCGACACAACAGUGAGCUCAUUUUUGAUAAGAGAAAUGGGGCAGCUACAGAAGCCAGUUUAUUAUGCUAGCAAAAUUUUGCAGAAGCUGGAAUGUUCAGGUAGACUCAUCAAGUGGGCAGUGGAACUAGGGGAAUUUCAUAUUACAUUUCAACAGAGGUCAUCAAUUCGAGCUCAAACUUUAGCUGAUUUUGUGGUUGAAUGCACUUUUAACCAAGGGAACACCAAUUUCGAAGUCGAACUAUGGACCCUCUAUGUGGAUGGGGCAUCUAACAGUAAAGGGUCAAGUGUUGGGCCAGUGUUGAUUGGACUUGAGAAUUUUCAAAGUGAGCAUGCUCUAAAGUUCAACUUUGAAGCAACCAACAACAUGGCUGAAUAUGAGGCCUUUCUUCUCGGAGUUUGUUUAGCAGCCGAAUUGAAAGUCAGAUUUCUGUAGGUAUACAGUGACUCUUAACUUAUGGUUAACGAGGUAAAUUCCAUAUGUGAGGUCGCAGAUCUUGUUCUAGCUAAAUACCUGGCUGUAGUUUCUAAGCUGAGGUGCUGAUUUGAGAGAUUCCAACUCACAAAAGUCCCGAGGUCAGAAAAUGAACAUGUAAACUCUUU